GCACACAGAACUGAAAAGCACGCAAGUAGCAGAAACUUACGUAGAUGGAACUCCAACGCUAGGAAAGCGAAGUACCUCCUGAAAUUGCUUGAGGGCCGUUUGAUUUCGAUCAAGAAGGAAGCGUAAAAGAGAAUAUCAUAGCAGUGGAGGUCUUCAUUUGGUUGCAGCAGACGUAUUGGGCGCGCGAAAGAUCCUAAAUACGAGAAUCUCGGACCAGGCAAAGAGUAGAGAACGGCGCUGGAGUGUUUUGACUGAUACUUUUACCGUACGGUGACAGCCAUUUGGUUGGGGAAAUGGAUGAGAUUUGAGGGGAGACGUUUAGGAAGAGAUUUGGGUUUUUGGAUGGGGUCGGAUUCUGGCCUGAGGAAAAAGCGGAUUGCUGGAGUUAUUUUCGGAGAAAAGAAAGGGGAGGAGCCUUUUCCUUUAUCGUGAGGGUCGGGAAACAGAGGUAGUAAGGAUCUAUUUUGGGGUUUCUUUCAUAAAAGAAAACACAAGUGAAGUGUCAGUAGGUGAGAACAAGUCAGAAAACCAAGCAAACCGGAAGAAAAUCUCGAAACGGGAACGUUUACAUUUGGGGACUUCAUUUAGGUACUCUUCAUUUAAAUUUUCUGUAAAUGAAGAUUACUUUGUGAUUAAUACUACUUGAAGAACGGCAAUUGGGAUCAUGGUAUUUGAUUUGUUUCAUUGAAUAUCUUGGAUAUUAUACUGUCUUAUUUGUGAGAUUCUGUUUGUUAGUAGAUAUGAAAUGAGUUAGCAUCUGUUAAGUAAUGUAUAUGACGAAACUUGUUUCGCCGUUGUAUAUUUAUUAUUUUUCUUUCUCUCAUUAGUUUUCAUCUUUUUUAUUCUCUCAUGGUUCAGUUUACUGCUUAAUUCUGGGAAUAUUACUUUGCUGAUGAAGGAAAUUAGUUUUUAUUACAAAUUUUGAUGGUAUAACAGUUCUAAGACUGGGAGUAUCAAGAUGACUCAAAAACGAACUUGCAUAAUACAUUCUGUCAGAAUAGGAUUUACAGAGAGAUAGGGAUGUUAAUUCACUACUGCUUAUGAUGAUUAAUUCUGUCUCAACCACAAAAUUGAGAAAAAAAUAUGUUUUACUGUUUUUGUGGGUAAUCCUUUGAUAACAAAAUAUAUGGUGUUUGUUGCUACCUUUUGUCAUAAGGUUUCUGGAAAUGUUUUCUUUGCAAAUAGAUGAAAUUAAGAUUCAUUGAAAGAUCAUGAUAAACUGAUUAAUUUCUUGGUUUCUGUUUUCCCUCUUUCAGGGUCAGUUACUUUUCCUUUAGUAUGAGUUAUGUAGUUCUAAUAUGGUUUCUUUCCUGUUUUUACUCUCUGCAUUGAUACAUGUUUUCGGUUUUAUUAGAUCCAAUAUACCUUGUAUGUUUGGAAUGGAUGUGGGUAUUCAAAUCGUGUAUCCUUCUGCAUAUAUUUCUAAGUAUUAGUUAAUUUAAUACUUACUCUUUUAAUUCUUUGAAUAGCAUGUUUUUGGACAUAAUAGAAGUUUUAAGCCAUUUCUCAUCUAGCCUAUGCUAUCGAAUGGGUGUCUUGCUCCUUCCUGUUCGAUACUACUUUCUUUUACCUCAUUUUCUCUUGGUCAGCCCAGUCUAUGCUUGGGUGACUGAUCCCAUCCUGAAAAGGUCAGUGGUGACUACAUCUUUUGAGAUUUUGGAAGCCUUGCAUCACCCUGACGUGACAGCUAGGAAUGGAAUGGAAAAAGAACCAAAUAGGAUAUAAAGGACAGUUUAGAUUUCAAAAAGUCUCCUCUUUUUGUUGUAUGGUUAAUUCUUUUUGCCAAAUGCCAUGGACCUUUCAUCUCAUAGAUAUGUUGUUCUAUACCAAGAUAUAACUCAAAUCAUAUUAGUGUUUCACUCUUCAAGUUAUAUGAAUGUUCCAUUCUUUCUCAGUAUGAUGUUUCUACAUUUUCACCCUGAUGAGUGUAUUUCAAUUUAGUAUGUAUUCUAUAGAGUUACAGAUGGACAGUGAAGCGAGUCAACAACCAAAGCAGGAGCGUUCUAGAACAAGGUGGACAGCAUCCCUUGAUAAGAUAUUUGCGGACUUGGUUGUCAAGCAGAUUCAACUGGGUAACAGGCCAAACAAUGUUUUUGACAAGAAAACCUGGAAUCAUAUCCGUGAUGAAUUUAACAGACAAACAGAUCUUAAGUUCAAUAACAAUCAACUAAGAAAACAUCUGGAUGUUCUAAGGCAACGUUUCAAUAUUCUGAAGUCAGCCCAUGACCAAAGUGAUUUUGCCAUUGAGGAUUCCUGUUGCAUUGGCUUUGACCUAUGGGAAGAUAUUGGUAUGCAGCCAAGGCCUGAGACAGUGAAAAUCAAGGACUGUCCCAUUUAUGAUCAGCUGUGUGCAAUAUUUGCUGAUACAUCAGCUGAUGGGAAAUAUGCUCAGUCAAGUCAUUUCGAGGGAUUAGACAAAUCUGUUGGAAAUCAUACGUCCGGCAUAGGUCCAUGUUCUGAUGGUCUAACUGCAGUUCUUGAGGACUCAUCAUCAAAAAUAGGGCAAACAACCACAGCAUUGUCUGAGAAGUUGACUAAGAAUAUGGCUGACAAAAAGAGGAAGCGGCCAUGUGAGACGCACUCCUCAAUGGGACAAAGUAGAAUGGAGCAAGAAACAGUAGAAGCGAUGGCAGAAGCCUUAUUUGAAAUGGUGGCUGCCUUGAAAUCAAGAGCAGUUGGGAUCAGACAGAUUGAUGAUAGAUUUAGUAUAAGUAAUUGCAUUAAAGCACUGGAUGAGAUAGAAUACGUAGAGGAAGAGCUCUAUUUUGCAGCAUUAGACCUUUUUGAGGACCCUAACUUAAGGGAGACAUUCAUCUCUUUGAAAGGGGACAAGUUAAGGCUGGCAUGGUUACAAGGAAAGUGUAGUAAAUCAAUUUAGCAAAUAUAAAUUGACUUGCUAUCUUAUUGAAUGGUCCUACCACAGUUUGGAGAGA